AUAUAGUGAUUGUAGCGUUUUUUGUUUGGCCCGAUCUUCGCCUGUACGUUCACUGUGCGAAUCUCGUUCUCUGAUCCAAUGCCGCCGUGGGGUGCAGAUCUCUUCGUAUUUCGCUCAUCAGGCUUCGCCUGAUUCUGCAUCUUCUAGAUUGUGCGCAGUUCGAUUCGAAUUGUGUCGAGUUAGCCCGAAGAAGACAUGGCGAGGUUCGCGUCGAUUUAGGUCGCGUUUGAUUCGAUCUGGUCUGCGCUCGGCGUGUUCUGGGUCUGUCGCGACUGGGCAGUGGAGAUUUCAGUGAGAUUUGGAGAGGAUGUUGACGAAGUUCGAGACGAAGAGUAAUCGGGUGAAGGGGCUCAGCUUCCACAGCAAGAGGCCGUGGAUCCUCGCGUCGCUCCACAGUGGCGUGAUCCAGCUAUGGGAUUACCGCAUGGGGACUCUGAUCGAUCGGUUCGAUGAGCACGACGGCCCUGUUCGAGGGGUGCAUUUCCACAAGUCGCAACCUCUUUUCGUGUCUGGAGGAGACGAUUACAAGAUUAAAGUUUGGAACUACAAGACAUGCAGGUGUCUUUUUACCCUUCUAGGACACCUUGAUUAUAUCCGUACCGUGCAGUUCCAUCAUGAACAUCCGUGGAUAGUGAGUGCCAGUGAUGAUCAAACUAUUCGCAUAUGGAACUGGCAGUCUCGUACUUGCAUAUCUGUCUUGACAGGUCACAAUCAUUAUGUCAUGUGUGCUUCAUUCCACCCGAAAGAGGACCUUGUUGUCUCAGCUUCCCUUGAUCAGACUGUUCGUGUAUGGGAUAUCAGUGCCUUAAAAAAACAAGACAGCGUCCCCGGUGAUGACUUACUGCGGCUGGGUCAAAUGAAUACAGACUUAUUUGGUGGUGUGGAUGUUGUUGUCAAGUAUGUCUUGGAAGGCCAUGACCGAGGAGUCAACUGGGCUGCAUUUCAUCCCACCCUUCCCCUGAUAGUCUCUGGUGCAGAUGAUCGCCAAGUAAAGUUAUGGCGCAUGAAUGAUACCAAGGCUUGGGAAGUGGACACUCUCAGAGGGCACAUGAACAACGUGUCUUGUGUUAUGUUCCAUGCAAAACAAGACAUAAUUGUGUCCAACUCAGAAGACAAAAGUAUCCGCGUUUGGGACGCAACAAAGCGAACUGGAAUUCAAACAUUUCGACGUGAGCAUGACCGUUUCUGGAUACUGUCUUCUCAUCCUGAAAUGAAUCUUUUGGCAGCUGGUCAUGACAGUGGCAUGAUAGUCUUUAAGUUGGAGAGAGAGCGACCUGCCUUUGCUGUGAGCAGUGAUAUUAUUUUCUACACCAAAGAACGUUUCUUGCGCAUUUAUGAGUUUUCUAGUCAACGGGACACUCAGGUUAUUCCUAUUCGACGCCCUGGAUCUACCAGCCUCAACCAAAGUCCAAAGACACUCUCUUAUAGUCCUACAGAAAAUGCUGUUCUUAUUUGCUCUGAUGUGGAUGGAGGAUCUUAUGAACUGUAUGUCAUUCCGAAAGACAGUGCCGGUAGGGGUGAUGGUGUUCAAGAGGCAAAGAGAGGCACUGGAGGAUCUGCUGUUUUCGUGGCCCGAAAUAGAUUUGCAGUGCUUGACAAAAGUAGCAAUCAAGUACUGGUGAAGAAUCUGAAAAAUGAGAUUGUUAAGAAGAGCGGGCUUCCAUUUCCUGCAGAUGCCAUCUUUUAUGCAGGAACCGGUAAUUUGCUGUGUAGGGCAGAAGACAGAGUUUACAUAUUUGAUCUCCAGCAGAGGCUGGUUCUUGGUGAUCUGCAGACCCCUUUCAUCAAAUACGUAGUGUGGUCAAAUGACAUGGAAAGUGUUGCCUUGCUCAGCAAACAUGCAAUUGUUAUUGCUAGCAAGAAGCUCGUCCACCAAUGCACUCUCCAUGAGACCAUUCGGGUGAAGAGUGGAGCCUGGGACGACAAUGGAGUAUUCAUCUACACUACGCUGAACCACAUUAAGUAUUGCCUUCCUAAUGGCGAUAGUGGAAUAAUUAGAACUCUUGAUGUCCCUAUCUACAUUACGAAGGUUUCAGGUAACACCAUCUUUUGUUUGGAUCGUGAUGGAAAGAAUAGAGCUAUAGUUAUCGAUGCGACAGAGUAUAUGUUCAAGUUAUCCCUUCUGAAGAAGAGAUAUGAUCAUGUUAUGAGCAUGAUAAGGAAUUCUCAGCUUUGUGGACAGGCUAUGAUUGCAUAUCUGCAGCAAAAGGGGUUCCCUGAAGUGGCUCUUCAUUUUGUUAAGGACGAGAGGACACGGUUCAAUUUGGCUCUAGAGAGUGGCAACAUUCAAAUUGCAGUUGCAUCAGCUAAGGAAAUUGAUGAGAAGGACCAUUGGUAUAGACUGGGGGUUGAGGCCCUUCGCCAAGGCAAUGCGGGAAUUGUUGAGUACUCUUAUCAGAGGACAAAGAACCUUGAGAGGCUCUCUUUUCUCUAUCUCAUAACUGGAAAUAUGGACAAAUUGACCAAAAUGUUGAAAAUUGCUGAAGUGAAGAAUGAUGUAAUGGGGCAAUUUCAUAAUGCUUUGUACUUAGGUGAUGUUCAAGAGCGUGUUAAGAUAUUAGAGAAUGCCGGGCAUUUGCCUCUUGCUUAUGCUACUGCUUCUGCUCAUGGGCUGCGGGAUGUUGCUGAAAGAUUGGCAGCCGAGUUGGGAGAUUCUGUUCCGUCUUUGCCAGAGGGGAAGCGACCUUCCCUUCUGAUGCCGCGAAUGCCUGUCAUGUGUGGUGGUGAUUGGCCCCUUUUGAGAGUCGUGAAAGGCAUAUUUGAAGGUGGGUUGGAUAAUGUUGGCAAGGGUACUGCAGAUGAAGAAGAAGAAGAGGAGGCUGAAGGUGAUUGGGUAGAUGAACUGGAUAUGGUUGAUGUGAAUGGUUUAGCGAAUGGUGAUGUGACAGCUAUUAUGGAGGAUGGUGAAGUUGGUGAAGAAAAUGAGGAGGGAGGUUGGGAUCUCGAAGAUUUGGAGCUCCCUUCCGAGGCAGAAACUCCAAGGGCUUCUGUCAAUGCUCGCUCCGUGGUUUUUGUUGCCCCAACUCCUGGCAUGCCAGUAAGUCAAAUAUGGACACAGAGAUCGUCUCUUGCUGCUGAACAUGCGGCUGCUGGUAAUUUUGACACUGCAAUGAGGUUGUUGAGUAGGCAACUUGGAAUUCGGAAUUUCACUCCUUUGAGAACAAUGUUCCUUGAUCUCCACACUGGCGGCCACACCUAUCUACGCGCAUUCUCCUCUGCUCCAGUGGUAUCCCUGGCUGUUGAGCGUGGUUGGAAUGAGUCUGCUAGCCCGAAUGUCCGGGGACCACCAGCACUUGUCUACAACUUCUCCCAAUUGGAAGAGAAGCUCAGGGCUGGUUAUCGUGCCACCACAGCCGGGAAAUUUACUGAGGCUCUUCGUCUUUUCCUGAGUAUUCUCCACACAAUUCCACUUAUUGUGGUUGAAUCAAGAAGGGAAGUUGAUGAAGUCAAGGAGCUGAUCAUCAUUGUUAAAGAAUAUGUCUUGGGUCUGCAAAUGGAGCUUAAUAGGAGAGAAAUUAGGGACAAUCCAGUGCGCCAGCAGGAACUCGCAGCCUACUUCACUCACUGCAAUCUUCAAAUGCCUCACUUGCGGCUUGCCUUACUGAAUGCAAUGACUGUCUGCUACAAGGCGAAGAACCUUGCUACCGCAGCUAACUUUGCUCGGCGGCUUCUAGAAACCAAUCCCACUGUUGAAAACCAAGCAAGGACGGCAAGGCAAGUUCUGCAGGCUGCUGAGAGGAACAUGAUUGAUGCUUCUGAGCUAAACUACGAUUUCAGAAACCCAUUUGUGGUCUGUGGAGCAACGUAUGUGCCUAUAUACCGAGGGCAGAAGGAUGUCUCUUGUCCAUACUGCAGCUCCAGGUUUGUGCCGAGCCAGGAGGGGCAGCUUUGUACUGUGUGUGAUCUUGCUGUGGUUGGAGCAGAUGCUUCAGGAUUACUGUGCUCCCCAUCUCAGGUGCGGUGAUCUCCUCUGCUGAAGCAAGGAAUUUUCCGACAUUUUCAUGCAUCAGAGUUGCAGCUGUUGGCUUUGUUUACAUAAGCAGCAGCUAAGAGGUAAGAAAUACUUGAGGUUUCAGAGCUAAUAGCUGGUUGUGUUGUCUUCUUUUCUUGAUCGUCAUCAUUGGAUUCUCCUUUACUUAGCUAUUGAGAUUUUCGGUGUAAUAAUUGAAUUCAGAAUUUUGUAAUUCGUAGAUGUUUAUAGAUACCAGUGUGUCAAUCCCCUUGUUGGAUUUUGAUGAUGGUACUAGGCUUGGCCAACUUUCAUACUAGUGACUGCAGAUGCACGUUGCAGAUUUACUAAAAUUUUAUGAUCCUUGGGGGGUUUAUACUGAUUGGGAGCAGCAUUCAGUGGA